AUGUCCACUCAGCGCGCAGAUCUAGCGUGCCGGAUCUUCCCGGAACCCGAUGGCUCCGAAAUCGACCACUUCGACCGCCUCCCUGACUCCCUCCUCCUCCUCGUUUUCAACAAGAUCGGCGACGUCAAAGCCCUAGGCCGCUGCUGCGUUGUUUCGCGCCGCUUCCACUCUCUUGUCCCCCAGGUCGAGAACGUCGUCGUCCGCGUAGACUGCGUCAUAUCCGACGAUGACUCCUCUUCCUCCGCCGCCGCCUCCGACAAGUCCCGCGGCCCCUUCUGGAACCUCCUCCGCCUCGUCUUUGGCGGCAUCGUCAAGCCCAUCCAAACCAUCGGCCAGUUCCUCGGUCCUAAACGCCCCUCCUCCUCUUCCUCCUCCCCAUCCCCUUCCUCCUCCCUCGCCGUCGGAACUGACGAUGACUCCGACGCCGGCGUCACCCACCACUCCCCUACUCAGGUCCUCAAAAAUUUCAACGAGAUUCGCUUCCUCCGGAUCGAGCUCCCCAGCGGCGAGCUCGGCAUCGAAGACGGCGUCCUCCUCAAGUGGCGCGCCGAUUUCGGAUCAACCCUUGACAAUUGCGUCAUCCUCGGGGCCUCCUCUGUAUUCCACCCCAAAGACCUCACCGACAACGCCUCCACCGCCACCACAACUAAUUGCACCGACGACAAUGGAAGCAUACCCGACUCAUUCUACACCAACGGCGGCCUCAAACUACGCGUGGUUUGGACCAUAAGCUCCCUGAUCGCCGCCUCCGCUAGGCAUUAUCUUCUGCAGCCGAUAAUUUCAGAGCAUGGGACACUUGACAAUUUAGUCUUGACCGACGCUGAUGGGCAGGGAGUGUUGUACAUGAAUCGGGACCAGCUUGAGGAGCUGAGGGUGAAGCCCCUUUCGGCGUCUUCGGCGUCGAAGAGGACUCUCGUUCCGGCGCUCAACAUGAGGCUGUGGUACGCGCCGCACCUGGAGUUGCCCGAUGGGGUUGUGUUGAAGGGUGCCACGCUUGUUGCCAUUAGGCCCAGUGAACAAUCUCCCAACGCUGCCAAGAAGGAGGCUUCCGAUUUGUCUUGGGUUUCCACGGCGUUUGAGGAGCCUUAUAGGACCGCUGCUACAAUGCUUGUCAAGAGGAGGACUUAUUGCCUUGAGAUGAACUCGUUCUGA